GAACACGGAGUAAGCAUCAAUCAUACAGUAAUCAGUCCUGUAGUAAACACAUCAGUUUCACGAAAAGCAGCAAGAUGAAACCGUCGGGUCUCACGUUGGCUUUCUUGGCAGUUUUUAUGAUGGCGAUAAUGUACAAUUCAGUAGAAGCAGCAGCAAAACCUGAUGCUGAUGCCGAAGCCAUGGCUGAAGCUUUUGCCAACGCUAUUGCUACUGGCGAUGCCGAUGCUAUAGCUGGAUGGGGGAGUAUGCUUGGGAAAGCUGCUAGUUGGUUAGCGGACAAAAUGGGGAAACGCUAAAGAAGACAGAUGAAAUAGCCGCAUCGAUGAAAGUACACGAAAGGACAUAAAUAAUGCUUAACUCUGUCAAAAUUUUCUUUCUGUUUACGACAACAUCGUUUAAAUUGAAAUUCUAUUAAAGAAUAAAAUUUUCUGCAAAUUCGAA